UCCUUCUUUUCCUGGGUUGACUGCGAAGUGGAAAAGCUGGCACGGGAAGGUGGGAGGGAGACGAGUCCGCGAAAGGCUCGAUCGAACAGCCUUUCGGAGAGCUGAAGGGAAGCCAAUUUGGCUAAAACGAAGCUAAUUUAAAUAAGGAUGAGACCUAGUGGACAUGCACAUAUGAGUCACGCGAAAUGAGUGUUCGAGAAGGCUGUGCUGGCGGAUGGUGUUGGAGUUGGAAGUUACCACCACGUCCACAGAAAAGCGUCUCAGAGAAUGGCUCGUGCAAUACAAUAGGCAAUCAAGUGCGUGCGACAUAGAGUGCGACAAAAGAGCGGCCGGCCAUGAAAAUCAAGACAGUCGUAGGUCGCUUUGUGGGAGAGUUGAGGAUGGCAAAAUACUCCCUAGGGACGGAGUAGAGAAGAAAGAAGCUUGUCGCGGGUCAACUUUUUUUUUUUGCCCGAAGCGGAGAGUUUCAACGCUAAACGCCCAGGAUAGAGAGAGUGAGUAUUCAACAACAUUUGGAUACAAAAUAUCAAGACAAACUUCCGCAGUUACAAAAGAUCCUGGACCAUUACACAGUUCUAAUCUUUAUUCAAGAUUUCCAUUGGUUUGUUAUAGUAUUCCUAAUCUAAAUUCUCAAGACCCAGCUCAAAUGCUACCCCCGAUAUCCCAGAUAAAAUUCCACAAAGCCAGCCCAAAACCCAAAGGACAAUCCCAGAACACCCUGUUUGAUAAUAAAAAAAAAAAAUAAGAGAGCCAAGAGGAAGAAAAAAACACAAGGUAAUAGAGCAAGAUCAAACUCGCGGUAUAUAGUCACAGGAUCAUGAACAAAGGAAAUGGAUUGGUCUACACGAC